AGAAAGCCUCAUGUUGCUUUGUGGUGGAGUCUAUCUCUGCAUUCCAGGGCUGCAGUCCUGAAAAAUCUCCUGCAAGGGCCCACAGGCGUCACCCUACUCUCAGGGAAAGAGCAUUGGACAGGCCAAUUGGAUGAUGCAUCCCUGGACAGCUCUGAGCACCUGCAGGAAAGGGGAGGCAGCCUCUCCUCCCUUGGUCAGCCACCUAUGCGGUGAUGGGGUUAGAAUGCCUCCUUGGCAACUCAUCCCCAUGGGAGGGCCUUAGGGCAGAGAACCAGCAGAGGCAAGAGGGUGAGUCUUAGUUGUCAGAAAUAGCUAACCUCUGGCUAAGGCCCACCUGAGCCGCCAGUUGCUUAUGAGGCCAGAACCAGCAGCAGCCCCUCCCUACCUUAGAGCCCCACAUGGCAAGAGGUCACAAUGCCUUGCCACCCAGUCUCAGAAUGGCUGACCGCAGUGGGAGGAGGUGAGGUGGGUUUGGUGGGUGGGUGAGUGGGGAGGGGGAGAUCCCCAAGGAACCCAGUUCCCCACUCCCCGAGCUCAUCCUUGAGUGUCUGCCAUCCUCUCCCACACUCCCACCCCCAGUACUUCCUCCCAGCACAGCCCCUACCUGUUACCUCCACCUCCCUCCAUGACCCAGCUCUGCUUACCUAGGCCUGAAGCCCAUGCUUAUCCUAUCCCUGUCCCUCCCAGGGGCCUGGGUGCUGGGGAGGGGUUGGAUAGUUCAGCCGGUCCAUGUGUGUCCUCCUGGGGCCCUAGCCCAGCCCAGCUCCUGGACAGUGUCCUAGGGCUGGGGGCACUAUUGCUGACGAUUCGGGCAGUCUUUUCCAUGGCUGGCCCAGCCUUGCUGCUGCUGCUGUUACUGGUCAGCUUCCUGGCCUUCGACCUGCUCCACAGGCCCGCAGGUCCCAUGAGACCACAGCACACACUUCUUGCAGGGGGCCAAAAUCAGGGGGCUGGAGAGGGUCCAAGACAGCAGGAGGCUCUAUUCCUGCAGACAGCGGCUGUUACAGGACAACUUAGCCUCCAGGAGGCUCUGCUGCUGUUGCUUCUGGGCCUGCAGCUGCUCCUGGGAGCCCAAGGUGUGCCUUUGACACUGCUUGGCCUGGCUUUCUGUAUCCAUCCUUGGGCCUGA